AAAGAUGGUACGUCUCAGCUUUGAAGAAACGCUUCGAAACACCAACCUGAUGCUACUGAUGAUGGGCAUUCCACCGUGCGAGGAGCCGUACCCGCCGGGCGUACUGCCGUCGCUCAAACGCAAUGCGGGCUUUAUCGCGUCCUUCCUGCUGCUCGCCUACACCACGAUCGGUGAGCUGAUCUAUCUGAAGCAGAUGUUCGAGCGGGACGUUACCUUCCUGGAGGUAACCUUUCAAGCGCCCUGCAUCGGGUACUGCACAAUCGGUGUGCUGAAGAUGGUCAUACUGGCCCGGGGAAGGAACACGAUCGCCGAGCUGGUCGGUUUGUUUCGCGCAAAGUGGACGUCGGCGAUUGUAACCGGUGAGCAUUGGGCGGUGUGCGAGGACACAAUGCGGCCCGCCAUUCGGGUCACCUCGGUAACGGCGCUCGCGAACGUCGUGAUGGGGAUAGCGUUCACCAUCCUGCCGAUCGCGGAGAUGAUCUACACCCAUCACUACACGGGCCGGUGGAACCGUCAGCUGGCCUUCAACAUCUGGUGGCCGUUCGAUGUGCUGGGUGGCGUAAAGUACUACUGGUUCGUCUAUCCACUGUACGUCGUGAUUGGGUUCACGGGCAUCAUCAUCCAUAUGGCGUUCGACUGUUUGUUCUGCAUACUGGCGGCCCAUCUCUGUAUGCAGUUUCGCAUCCUGGCGCACAACUUUGGCCAUGUGGUAGAGGUUGCCAAUGGUGCUGGUGAAGGUGACAGUGGCAGUACGAGUCGGCUACAGGAUGCGAUCAGAAUCCAUCAGGAGUUGAUUGGCUGCAGCGUGUUCAUGCAGAACGUGUUUGGCAAUGCGCUGUUUAUUAACUUCCUCGGCAGCUCCAUCAUAAUCUGCAUCCAGGCGUUUAUGAUAACGACGGUUAGCGGAUAUAUGCUGGUAAAGUUUGUCCUCUUCAUGCUGUGCUUUCUGAUCGAGCUGCUGAUGCUGUGUGCGUACGGUGAGGAUAUUGUGGAAUCGAGCCUUGCGGUGAUUGAUGCCGCUUACGGUUGCGAAUGGUACCGGGAAGGGUCGGUGGCGUUCCAUCGAUCCGUGCUGCAAAUUAUACACCGCAGCCAGCAGCCCGUCAUACUGACGGCGUGGAAAAUCUGGCCAAUCCAAAUGAGUACUUUCAGUCAGAUCCUGCAAGCUUCCUGGUCCUACUUUACCCUCCUGAAGACCGUCUACGGGAAUAAGUGAGCGCUAGAGAGAGAGAGAGAGCAGUAUCGUUCACCCUUUGGAUGAAUCAAUACAUUUCUAAUCAAGAACCAUUGAAAAAUGAAUCAACAUUUUCGCUAGUUGCACAAUAUUGUACCAUUCUAUACAGCUUCACCACGACCAAGCGUUUGUUGCAUCAGGACCAAACACGUUUCGACAAGCCGCGUCACCUGCUGGCUGGUAAAGGUGGUAAACACAACACUUUGACUCACCGUUUGUGUAACGUAACGUUACAAAAACAAAACACAAACCCCUACACCGCCGUCUAUCAGCUGUUGAGGUGGGGCAGUCGUAAAAAUAGGGAGUAUAAAAAACAAACAACACCAAGCAAACCCUUAUCGCGUACCGGCGCGCACCGGCAAACCCCAAUAAUGGCCGACAGAGCGAGUGCGAUGAGGAAAAGUGCGAUGACCAAUGGGAAAACUAUUCGCGAGCCAUAAGCUUAUCAGGUUUGAUUUGCUUUCGUCACUGUUUCGCCGGUCAAGUCACGAGUUUUGGGUGGGUCGAAGUGGUGGUGGUGUUGGUCACCCUUAUCUAAUCGCGUUGCGCACCCGAUCGGAAACCACCACCACGUCACAGAGAUUCCAACCACACAGGCGCACAACACACAUAUUUAAUCAAAAGUUCUAUGAAUUGGGAUGGAACAGAAAAGGUGCGCUUUGUGCCCUUGUUAACAGCACAAAUUAGAGGUGAUGAAAUCAAUAAAAAGGUAAAAAAACAAAGCUUUACAAAGAGU